GCGGAGGGGGCGGGGUGCGGGCCGGCGGCGGCGGCAGCAGCAGCAUCAAAGAGCCCCGAUUCCUGCCGCCUUGGGAGCCAUGCGCUGCUGUCUGUAAUGUCAGCGGAACAGGAGAAGGACCCCAUCGCGCUGAAGAGAUCCCGAGGUGGUGACAGUGGAUUGGAUGGGUUAGGAGGACCAGGAGUACAACUUGGAAGCCCUGAUAAGAAAAAGCGCAAAGCAAAUGCACAGGGCUCAUCAUUUCCUCCUCCAUCUGAAUAUGCUCCACCGCCGAAUCCAAGCUCUGACCACCUUGUAGCUGCAAAUCCGUUUGAUGACAACUAUAAUACUGUGUCUUAUAAACCACUUCCUUCAGGAAAUCCAUAUUUUAGUAAUCCUGGUUAUCCUGGCUUUGGAGGCUAUAACACUUUCAGAAUGCCACCUCAUAUGCUGCCCAGAGUGUCCUCGCCAUAUGGUGGUUCUUACUCCCUCAGAAACCAACCACAUCCCCUUCCUCAAAACCCAGUGGGAAUGGGUUUUAGUCGACCCCACUCUUUCAGCUUCAGUCCCCAUGAUAACCCAAGUUUUGGGAAUCAACCACCUUAUAGUGGUGUUCAGAUAAAUCAAAAUGUCAAUAUGCCUGGUCAGCAUUUCAGACCUAAUCCUGGUGAGAACUUUGGCCAUUCUGGUCAGAUACCUCAUCCUGACGUGCCAUCUAACUUUGGUCCUGGAAACAAUCCGAAUUUCCCAAAUUCGCAGCUAGAGUCAAACCAUUCUUUUGUUCCUCCACCAAACACAUACAACCAGACAAAAUCAUCAGCACAAAAGCAAGACUUUAGUCAAGGUGCAAGCAAAGCAGCCAGCCAGAACACUGCUGCUCAUCAGCAUCAUCACAGGACAGAGGACAUUGUGAGUCAAGGUAACAGUGACCUAAAAAAUGUUACUCGAAACAACAACGUGGUAAAUCAGGAUAAUAGCCAUUCGAAUAAUGCUGAUAACACUAACGCUGGCCAUUCAAAUGGGACUCAGAGUAAGUCCCGACAGUCUCGAGGUACUGCUGAAGGAUGCAACUCUGAAAAGAGCAGCAAAACACCCCUUCAUCCCAGUCGUCACGGUCACUCGUCCUCUGAACCCGUCUAUCCGUGUGGAAUUUGUACACAUGAAGUUAAUGAUGACCAGGAUGCCAUCCUGUGUGAAGCCUCUUGCCAAAAAUGGUUUCAUCGGAUCUGUACAGGCAUGACUGAGUCAGCUUAUGGCCUUCUUACAGCAGAAGCGUCAGCCGUUUGGGGUUGUGAUACUUGCAUGGCUGACAAAGAUGUCCAGUUAAUGCGUACAAGAGAGACUGCAGGACCACCUGUGUUGAAUACGGAUGGCUAACAACAUCAAUUGGUGGUAGUGAUUGAAAUACUUGCUAUGAAGAUUUGGUUACAAAUUGGGUACUUCACUUUCUGCAGACAAUCAGUUGUGUUUGAUUGCUGUAAUCUUUUUUUCCCUAGUCUGUUUUAAUUCAUAAACUUCCGUCUCAUCUUUUGUACUCUUAGUUUUAUGUGUGCUAAUGUUUUGCAGGAUGGAAUAUUUUUUUGUUUCUGAUUAAAACUGUAAAACAUAACUGACAACUGAUCAGAAGUAGGAUGUGCAUUGCCAAUUUUAUUGAAGGCAAAAAUGUGGCUGUAUGAAUAGCCCCUAAUUUGCUAGUGUUAAUGUGUUAACACUAGCAUUUAGUGCUCGGAUUUAAUGGUACUAUAUUUGCAAGUACUCAUUAUGUUGAAUGUCCAUUACUGAUGUUCUUGCUAUCCUUUCUUUGAAUAUAGUGGAGAUGAUGUGGAGGAAUGUGCAGUGCUAAUAGUUUUUAUUUUAGGGUAAAUACAGAGAAUUUUGUGUAUGCUUUUUCCUAUUUUUGAAGUAAAGCAUUAACACACUAUUCACAAAUAGAUGACUUCAUGCUUAGUAACACAAUGAAACACACUAAACUCUUAUGCAUUUAUAUUUCCUUGAAAAGGCAAUGAUCUCGUUUGACUUCUCAGCACAUACUUGCUGGAGACUCUUGCUAGGUCUUGCAGUAUUUGGAAAUAGUUACAAAAUAUGAUUACAUUGGAAAAAGAACACUUCAAGUUUGUGAAGUCCAGUGCUUUAAAUCUAGAGAAUACCAAAACUAGGGUUGCAUAUGUAACCUUAAUUCAUUUAUCUUAAACACAUACUUUAGGAUACAGUCUCUGCAUCUGUCACGGUUGUGCAGUCAUGCACCUCUCUCUCAUCGUUUCUCAUUGAUGGUUCCAGCCUCCCACCUCGGUGCUGCCUGCGAACUGUGACUGAACCAGUGCAGGCAAAGUUCUGCCUGUCUCCUGGGGCUUUCAACGAGAGCCUGCUCAGUCAUCCUGAGCUUAGACAGUCCACCUGGCAUGAAGGAGCACGCAGAGCAACGGAGUGUGCUCAGCAUAGGCUCUGAGUUGCAAGAUAAUUUGGCCAGCGAAGUCUUAAAACUGAAUUCCCACCACUGCGUCAGCCAGUCUGUUAGUGAGGGGGUGGGACAUCUAGGGUGAAGAAAACUAGCUUUCGCAUCAGGUGAGUUUAGCUCACAUCAGAAGCAAGUAAUCAGAAAUUUAGCUUCUUUGCUAAACUUGAUAUCCUGUUGAGAAGUAUGAAUGGCACUAGAGCUCCACAUGUGAUGCUAAGAAUUUUAUUUUAAUAUGGGUAAUUUGAUCUUACUCUUGAUCUCAAAGCCCUCUCCUUUUUCUUUUUUAAUGUGGGGAAACAUCAAGCUUUGAAGACCUCAGCCUUAGCAGUGUGAUAAAGUUGCAAACACAACUGAAAAUGAGUGUUUCUGUAGAGAGAAGUGUUGGUUUAACUUAAUAAAAUGUGGCACUGUAAUAACAGACCUUGCCUGUGAUACCACUGUGCUGGAAACUUUUCGUUUUUAAACAGGCAACAAUUAAAUCAUAUGUCAAGCAGUACAGGUACUAGUCACUUUCCCUAAUGUGAUCAGUUGUUCAGGUCUGUGGUGACAAGUGAUGUAGGAGCCUAUAUAAAUACAGUCAUCUAUAUAAAAAGGUAGUUUGUAUGGUAAGCUACACUAAUGAGUGAAAAGUAAGACCUGUUUGCUAGUUCACCAUUGUGUUUGAUUUUAAAUGGACUCUACUGUGGUACUUUUCCUGGAAGAUACUGUGCAGAUCUACAUGACUGUCCUUGUUUUAUUUUAAAAGCGAAAAGUUUCAUAUGCUCUUUUACUGGAGAAGUGCAGUAUUGCCCUCCUUCUUUGUAUUGCCUCUCAUCAGGAAAAAGGAAAUAAUGUCUAAAAUGUCACAAUUCAUAUCUUGAGGAUUUCCUGUGUGGAGAUGUGAAGAAAGUGUAAGGCAGAUCCAGGGCUUCUGUUUUCAUCACUGUUUGCUUUAGUUAAUACAGAUACUAAACUUAAUCUUGUUUUCUUAGAGGUGUGAUAUUUAAAAGCAAACAACAAAAAAACCCCAACCAAGCAACAACCUCUGUUAGAGAGAGUUAUUCUUCAGUAGUUUUCCUAAUGACUGACUGGCUGUUAGAAUUUGCUUUUGGUAUCUACAGUAGAAAUUAAACCAAACCUUGUCUAGAUAGAUUUGUUCCUCUGGGAAUCAAUUUCAUCUCUGCAAUGAUUUGCACUGUGGUGGUAGUGGAGCUGGUUGAGACCUACUGCAGUGUAAAUGAAAUAAAAAUUCUUGCUCAGUGAAAAUUCAACAGAAGCUCCAAUGAUGACGUUGUUACCCAAGCGUGCUGUUCACGAUACCUUUCCCACACCUCAUUCCUGUUGUGAGAAGAUGUUCUCAGAAGUCCAAGUAAUGUUUUAACAGUUGUUUUGGAGCAGACAUUGUAUUUAAAAUAGCCAUGUAUUUCUUAAUCUUUUCCUCAACCCUACACAAAGUUAGGCAAGUGUUUUCUGCAUUAGCUAGCAAGACAUUAGAAUUUAAAUAUAGUGUUCUUACAAACUUGAAAUCAACUGGAGUAUCAUUUUAUAAGGCCUUAAAUUGUGUAUUUGUGAUGAUUUAUUUCAGUUUUUCUAAACUGGUACCAUGUUGGGUUUGUAACCCGGUAAAUUUUCUGUGUUUGUUAACCUGCAAAUUCAAGGCAUUAGCAAAUGCCAGUUGUAUAAAAUAGUAGUAAAAAAACCCCCAACAACACCAGACUUGUUAUCACACUGAUUGUAGAGAUAGGACUGAUUAGGAUCUCCAAAAGUCAUCUAGCCAAUAUGCUUGCCCUACUGAUAUACUCUUGGCAUAUCUGGACUCUUUAUCUAGAGAGAGGGAGUUAUACUUUGUUUUUCUCUGCAUGUAUUGACUAGUUAGUAGUUCAAGUAUGCACAGGAAAAACAACAAUCAUGUUUUGUUAGUAAGGUACUAGGAAAAUGUCAGCUGGUUAGAAUUAGAAAUUAGUUAUAGAAGGGUGGGUGGGAGGGAGGGCUGAUUAGAAUAGGUGAGGUUUUUUUGUAAUACUCUACAUGAAACGAUUUGUAUUGAACUAUCAUGUGCUUCUUUCAUGACUAGUGAUUUAGACUGUACUGGUGCUGCACACCAAAAAUAUCACAAAGAUUUUGUAAAUCUUACAAACCUUGACAUUUUUAUGGGAAAUGCCUGUGUCCUUUUAAAAUAGCUCCUUGCCACGGUCAGAAAUGCAGCCUAUGUAACCCAAAAUGGUUUGGUUUUUUUCUUUUCUUUUCCUUUUUCCCCCCUAGGCUGAAAUAAAUAGGUAUAAACUAGAUUGAACUGUCCUUAAUACUUAGGGUUUUGCCAGAGACCAGUUUUGAAUGAGAAAAUAUGUAUUUUGCUCUUUAAAAUAACUUGUUUUAUUGGUGUCAGGUUAAGUGACAGUGCUGCAUAUAGGCUAGAGGGUAGAUAUCAAAAAUUCUGUUUCUGUCUGUUUUACUGAUCCCUUCUAUAAUUUGAGACAGGCAGGCUAACUGUUUAUGCCUCAAUCUCUUCUUUCAGAAGAUCAGACUAACACUUCCCAAGGGUGUUUAGAGACUUAGCUAUUAUUAGAGGUGACAGAGGCUAGAGAAAGUAGUAAAGUUUGCUCUAUUCAAAACAAAAAUAUAAUUUUGGGGGCUGCUCAAAGAAGAAUAUACUUUGUGACCUCUGAAGUUUUUCAUCUAAGAACCAGUUUUGUAAUCUCAUUUUUCAGGCUUAACUUGAAGCGUGGGAGGAUUAACGCAGUCAGGGGAACUGCAUGCAUGCAGCCGAGACCAUUUCGGAGUGUUUGCAGUUCGGAGCCUAUGAUAUUUGCAACUGAAAUGCUUUUUAUGGUUUGAGAUUUUUACAAAAUCAAUGGUGUUCAAAUGUAGCACUUUUUUAACAUUUGUCUUUAUUCCAACUUAAUACGAUGACACAUCUGCGUUAAAUAUGUCCCUUUCAUUUUAUAAAUAAACAUUGCCUGGCAGUAAAAGUAUUGGUGUAACAUUUUUAAAAAAGGAAGUCAUGCUUCUUAUCAUGUUGUAUGUGACUUAAAUGAUUGUUUCAUAUUAAAACUAAUCUUUCCUUAUGUACUGCUUAAAUAUACCUGUUUUGGGAUAUCAGUUCAGUACUUUUUAUACAAUCUUGAAUGUGUUCCACAUUGGUGACAUGUAUUUUUGCAACAACUUUUUUGUUUCGAUUUUAAAUUAGAGCAUGUCUGAAGUAAUACAUGCAUUAGUGCUGUGGUGUGUGGCAAAGUUACUGUACGUAAUUCAAAUUGGAAAAAAGUUUCCAGACUUUGUCCAACGUUAACCCUGUGGCCAGGGAUUAAAUUACUAUGUAAUACAAAUUAUUUCAUAUCACGAUGUGUUUUAAGCUACUCUAUGAAGUAUGUGAAACAUUAUUGUUUAUGGAUUGGUAGCUGGUGUGGUAUCUUGCAUAGAAUGAGGUAUGAUAGAUGGUAGCAAUUCAUGGUAAUUAAAACUGACUACCUUUCAGAACACGCAGCACUUCUGUGCAUUGUCAUCUUGUUGCCAUAACUGUUAGUAUGAAUUUCUUAAUAUUAUCCACUGACAAAUGGGUGAACAUUUGGUAAUAAGCUCAUAGGUGUGAAAAUUCUAUUCUAACACUCUUUACUUGGUUUACAAAACUUCAUUUUUUUUAUCUGUUGAAUGUUAUCAGAUAUAUGCAGGAGGCUGUAGAACUGGGUGUAUUUUAAAGCUAUUCUGCAAUUACAAAGUUUUGUCUGAAGCUUUCUAUAUUAGAAUAGGCUCUUCCUUAAAAUUGGAAAAUUAAGUGUACUUAGUGGAAAUCUUAAGGCAAUAUAACUAUCCUACACUACAUCUUCAGUUAUGCACAUUAACUUCUUUGUAUGGAACUCCUCUGAUUUCUUGUUGGCUUAUGCUUUAUAUGGGAGUAAAGGGUCGCUUUAGUGCCCUAGUGUUGUGUGUCAUCAGUUCUGAGGUAAUUAAUUUUGAACAGUGUUCAGCCCCUUGGAGGUGUUGACUGUAGCUUGAAGUAUUCAGUCACCCUUAGUCUCCUGGUUCAGAAAUGUUUUAUCCCAACAUCGUAGGGAAUACCUAUUGUUAAAGUGUUUGCCAUACAUGAUUAAUUUUCCUUUUCAUGUUCAAAUAAACUGUCGCAAAAUAAUUUUUGAUCCAACCCCACCUUUUUACUCGGAGGUUUGUGCACUGUAAUUCAGGAAUUGCUGUAUUGGAGACAGUUUGCGAUUGGAGUCAUGAGAGGUGUUGUGUCUAUUCCUAGACGCUCAAAGACACUCAAAUCCUAGACACAGAAAGGAUGAUCUAAACCUGAACUUCCAUAUAACUUAUGGAGGGCAAGCUUUUAAUAUAUUUUAUAUUUCUUCUUCCUUUUUCUUUUUUUUUUCUUUCCUUAAUUGUUUUUUCUGAAAUGUGAAAUAAUAUGGAGUUGUUGAAGGAUUUUUACUUAACAGACUGUCUCUUCUCUAAGCUUUUGUUUAUGGCCUUUAGAGCAGACACUGUAUAUUUUAAGGCCUUCUGACUUGAAAUUUUGUUGUCCACAUUCUCCUUUCAGUGUUAAAGAUGAGUUGAAAAAGGCAAGUUACCCAUCUACUGCCAUCCAAACAAUGCAAAAUAAAUGAUUAAGAUUGUCAACAUUUAAUUUUUUUGUUAAUAAUGAUGUGAUAUUUUACCUUCUAGAAGAACAUGUAUCAGAAUCUGAUUCAAGCGUUCUUGGAAAAUGUAUAUGGUAGAUUUUGUCCAGCACUGUAUGUAACUUGCUUUCUGUCUGUUUUCAGUUUCUUUUAAAAUAAAGAUAACUUUUGCGGGGAA